AUGGAUCAGGUUCGGCAAGAAAUAAUGAACCAGGUUGGCGGUUUGGCUGCGAAAUUGGGGUCCAAUUCAAUAAUUGAAGUUUCUAGGCCGUCUAUUGAUAGGCCGUUUGGGGUUCAUUUGUGGCCUUUGUUUUCAGCUUUGUUCAAGAAAGUGACGGGCUAUCCGGCGGAAUCUUUUGAAUUUAUUCAAGGCAAGACGUUUCUUGCUGAUGGUUAUCAGGGAAUCGGUGUUAUUAUAGCUUAUUAUGCUACUGUUUUCGGUGGGCAGGCCGUUUUACGGGCAGCAGAUGUUCCUGCUGUGAAGAUGAACUUUUUGUUUCAAUUGCAUAAUGUGCUUUUGACAGUAGUUUCUUUCGUGUUAUUGGUUUUGAUGGUUGAGCAAGUGGUGCCCAUGCUUUAUAGGCAUGGGUUGUUUUGGUCGAUUUGCUCACCGGGUGCCUUUACACCCAAGCUUGUUACACUUUACUAUUUGAAUUAUUUGACCAAGUAUUACGAGUUGCUUGAUACGGUGUUUUUGGUGCUCAAGAGGAAAAAGUUGUUAUUCUUACAUAUUUAUCAUCAUGGGGCCACUGCUUUGUUGUGUUACGCUCAAUUGACUGGGCAUACUUCUAUUGAAUGGGUUCCAAUUUCCCUAAACCUUGCUGUCCAUGUCGUGAUGUAUUGGUAUUAUUUCUUGUCAGCUCGGGGGAUAAGUGUUUGGUGGAAAGAGUGGGUUACUAGGUUUCAGAUCAUUCAAUUUUUGAUUGAUCUCUGCUUUGUCUACUUUGCGACAUAUUCGUUUUAUGCUGACAAGUACUUUCCUGACGUUUUGCCCAAUAAAGGGAGCUGCAAUGGCACGGAAGAAGCUGCUGCAUACGGCUAUUUGAUUCUCACGUCCUAUUUGGUCUUGUUUAUCUCCUUCUAUGUUCAAUCGUAUCGUAAGGGAGCCAAGACGUCAAAAAAAACACCUGUGAGCAAGCAGAAGGUGCCUUCCGCUUCCAAGCCUGCCAAGGCUACUUCUAGAAAGGUUUAG